UUCACGAUGCCCGUCCCCGGCUUCCUCUCCUCCUUCGCCGACAAGGCCCAGAGCGCCAUCAACGCCUCUCCCCUCGCAGGCCACAUCCCCGGCUCCACCCGCCCCACCAGCCCCCAGGCCGCGGGGUCGUCCGCCGCCGCCGACUCUGGCGCGACGCAGACUCACAAGAGUCACACGCUGGAGCAGAUCCAGCAUCAGUUCAGGACAUUCCAGCAGGCCUACUCCACCACCGGCCCCAUCCAGAAGAUCAUCACCACCGAGAAGGGCAUCGCUCUCGACUUUGACAGCCUGAACAGGAACUCCCAGGCGCACAGCAAAGAGCUCUACACCUGGGGCCAGAACGAGGCCCCCGACGUCAGAGACAUAUCCGAUCGCUUGGCGUUCUUGAACUAUGUUUCGGGCUCCCUGGCGAGCACCCUCGCCGUGAAGCUCAACGCCGCCCGCACCCCGCUCAAGUCCCUGCGCGACAAUGAGACCGCCCUGACCGCCCGCCGCAACGCCCGCGCCGGGCUCCAGAACCAGAUCGCCCGCCUCGAGCACGGCCAGGAGAAGGGCUACGAAAAGCGCGUCGCCGAACUCAACGACCAGCUCGCCAAAGCGGAGCGCGAUGACGAGCCGUUCGAGAAGGAGCACCAGAUCCUGAUCCGCAAGUCUCUCAAGGAGAGCGAACAGCUCAAG